AUACUUAAUCCCCACCCUGUAACUAAACUCGUUCGCGAUGUUUAUGGCCCACACCUACACCUCAAACAAGAUCUGGUGGCCAGUCGUGUAUCAGGUUUGCGUAGUAAUGCCAAAUACAGUGAAGCACCAUGGGCAGUUUACUUAUUGUUUAAAUUCUGGCACUACUUUGACGACAGCGCUUGUAGUGGUGUUUUGGUCGCCAAACUAUGGGUCCUAACGGCCGCCCAUUGUUUCGGAAACGAUACCAAUCGGCGACUAGUUAUUAGGGCCGGGAAUACACAAAAAACGGGUCGGGAAUCCCGGGAAAUGGAUCGCGUGGUGUUUCAUCCGAAAUAUAACUCUUCGAAACCUACUCUACAUGAAAUCGCUUUGGUUAAACUUAAUGAGGCUUUUACUAAGACUAUUGAUAACAGACACUACACUAUAAACCCGAUAUGUCUGCCAAAUAAGGAUCAAUGGAAUCAAUACCAAGAGUUGGCCACUAUUUUUGGUUUUGGUAUAAUCGACGAAAAGACUAAACUCAGAACCGAUUGGCUCCAGACGGGGGACAUGUGGUUACAACCAUAUUAUAACUGUAAAGUUGGCUCUUACCAA